CAAUCUGCACCCCACGAAAGAAAAGAUUCUUCUCCGCUCUCCCACCCGUCUCGCUCAUUCCUCCCUCUUAGCCAGCAUAUAGCCCGCCACCACAUGCCGCAGGGCCCUCACACCUCGCCGGGCUAAUCGAUCCCUAAUCGAGUGGGGGCUAGGCAAAAAAAACCCCAGAACGGGAGCGGCGAGGUCGAGCUCCUACUGAGGCUGCGUGAGGCCGAGAGCCCGCCCGAGAUCAAUUUCGGCAAUAAUUGCAGCUCGAGCAGGCAAAUCAUAUACAGCUUGGGUGAGAGGUUGAUUUGGAAGGUGAGAAGAGAGAAGCGAGGGUGAGAUCGACCGGCCGAUCGGGAGGGCAGGCCAUGGGGCGCGGGAAGGUGCUGCUGCAGCGGAUCGAGAACAAGAUCAGCCGGCAGGUGACGUUCGCCAAGCGCCGGAACGGCCUGCUCAAGAAGGCCUACGAGCUCUCCAUCCUCUGCGACGCCGAGGUCGCGCUCGUCCUCUUCUCCCACGCUGGCCGCCUCUACCAGUUCUCAUCCUCCUCCAAUCUGCUUAAAACUUUGGAGAGGUACCAGAGGUACAUCUAUGCUUCUGCUGAUGCUGCAGCGCCGUCUAGUGAUGAGAUGCAGAAUAACUAUCAAGAAUAUAUGAAGUUGAAGACAAGAGUUGAGGCUUUACAACGCUCGCAAAGGAAUCUUCUGGGUGAAGACCUGGCUCCACUUACCACCAGUGAACUUGACCAGCUUGAGAGUCAAGUAGACAAGACCUUGAAGCAAAUCAGAUCAAGAAAGACUCAAGUGCUACUUGAUGAACUCUGCGACUUGAAGAGAAAGGAACAUAUGCUCCAAGAUGCCAACAUGGUCCUGAAAAGAAAGCUGGACGAGGUCGAGGCAGAGGCGCCUCCUCGCCCACAGCCACAGCUGCCGUGGCAGGGCGGCAGCGGUGAUGGCACCAUGGUGUCGGACGGCCCUCCACAGCCAGAGCACUUCUUUCAGGCCCUGGAGAGCAACCCAUCUCUGCAGCCAACGUUCCAUACCAUGGACAUGAACCAGCAGCCGGUGCCAGCGCCGGGCGGCUCCUACUCUCCUGCGUGGUCGGCGUGGAUGGCAUAGCCAGUGCUUUAUUGUUGCAUUGGCCGGAGAAGUGAUUGUGUCCUCCAGAGAUUCCUACGAGUUCCGUUUCUGCUUUUGCUCCCCAAUUUGCUCGGCUUCCAGCGCUUGCCGAAAUGUAAGUGACAACUUAAAAUAGCCCUGUAUAGAUUGCUGUCCUUAUCUAAGUUGGUCUCUGCUCAGCUGCUUCAUUAAGAGGUGUGACGAUGCAUGAUAAGAGAAAAAUGGUUGAACUUCCUAUGUUUUGGAUUCUACAUUGCUUGACAAUAAGCACUGUCAUGUUGGACUGCUAGACU